UCGCCUCCUCUAGCGGAUCUCCCUGUCAGGACUUUCUUACCCCAGCCUCUGGGCGGGGCUCUUCCGUCAUUUGUCUCCGGGCAGAUCUGCCCCGUACAGGUUAGCGCCCGGGUGCCAAGGCUCACAGAGAGGACCCAGGCGCCCCCUGGCGGGCGUAACGAAGGGGCGGGGCUGCAGGCAGAGCACAGCGCGCUGUCCCAGGUCGGAAACCAGCGCCCCAGGCAGCGAGGAGCGUGGCGCCGGGAUGCUGCUGGCCGGAGCACGUACCGGGGAUUUACCUCGGGCCGGAGAAGUCCACACUGGGACAACCAUCAUGGCAGUAGAGUUUGACGGGGGCGUGGUGGUGGGAUCUGAUUCCCGGGUGUCGGCAGGACAGGCGGUGGUAAACCGAGUGUUUGACAAGCUGUCGCCCCUGCACCAGCGUAUCUACUGUGCUCUCUCUGGCUCAGCUGCUGAUGCCCAGGCCAUAGCUGACACGGCCGCCUACCAGCUGGAGCUCCAUGGGAUGGAACUGGAAGAACCUCCACUUGUUCUGGCUGCUGCAAACGUGGUAAGGAAUAUCACCUAUAAAUACCGGGAGGACCUGUCCGCACAUCUCAUGGUAGCUGGCUGGGACCAACGUGAAGGGGGCCAGGUAUACGGAACCAUGGGAGGAAUGCUGAUUCGACAGCCCUUUGCCAUUGGUGGCUCGGGCAGCACCUAUAUCUACGGUUAUGUGGAUGCAGCGUAUAAACCAGGCAUGUCCCCUGAGGAGUGCAGACGCUUCACCACGAACGCUAUUGCUCUGGCCAUGAACCGGGAUGGCUCUAGUGGGGGUGUCAUCUACCUGGUCACCAUUACAGCUGCUGGUGUGGACCAUCGAGUGAUCUUGGGCAAUGAGCUGCCGAAAUUCUAUGACGAGUGAAUCUUCCUCAGACUUCCCUUGUUUACUUUGUAAUAAACUUUCUGGGGCCAGAA